CCCAUUGUCUUUUUUGCUUUCUCUGUCCUGUCUAGCAUUUCCUCUGAUACCCUUUUCAGUCCUACACCUCCCUAGCAAUCCGCAAUGGGCUUGUUCAAGAAGUCCGGCGACGAUGAUGACUCGUCCAACCGCCGCGCCCUCUUUGGUUCCCGAUCCAAGAGCAAGAGCCCAGCUCCUCCUGCGAACCCGUAUGCGAAGCCCGCCCCAAUUGACCCGUAUACCAGAGCCAAGAUGAACGCUGGAGUAGCCCCUCUUCCGCCCUCCGAACAGCCUGCUGGACCAGGCUCGAUGAAAGGACGCUCUCCCAUCGGCACCCCUGCACCUGGAGGCAUCCCAGGCGAUAACAAGAUUCAAGGCUAUGCUCCCAACCAAUAUGGCAAUCAAGGCGGAUACGGUGCAGAUCGAUUCGGUAAUGCUGGUGGCGCAUCGGCCUCCCGAUACGGUCCUGGUGGCUAUGGAGGAUUAGGCAGCACCGAUCCGAAUGACCCCGCUGCAGCAGACAAGGACGCACUUUUUGGAGGAGCCAGGGACCGGGUACAACAACAGCAACAGAAUGGUCCUCCACCUCCAUACUCAGAACCGAACAAUGCUUACGGCGGUGGAAGCAAUGAGUACAACACUUCCACGUAUCAGGAGAGACAGCUCACUGCGGAAGAAGAGGAAGAGGAGGAAAUUCAGAACAUUAAGCAGGAGAUGCGAUUCGUCAAGCAGGGCGAUGUCGCAUCCACUCGCAAUGCUCUGCGCGUCGCCGCGCAGGCUGAGGAAACCGGCCGCGAAACGCUUGCCCGCCUUGGUGCCCAAGGGGAAAGAAUUCAUGACACCGAGAAAGCCUUGGAUGUUGCGACUAUCGAGGGCCGACUUGCUGAAGAAAAGGCAAAGGAGCUGAAAACUCUCAAUAAGAGCAUGUUCGCGGUUCACGUGUCAAACCCAUUCACUAGCGCCAGUAGACGACGGGAGCGGGACGAGAAGAUCAUUGAGACCCAUCGUGCUGAACGGGCAACUCGGGAAGGCACGCGCAAUGAGGCAUUUCAGACCAACCAACGAAUGGAGCGCACAUUCAGGGAGAUUGAGAGGGAAGCGGGUAAACCACACGGCAAGGGCAGGACGAAUGUCACGGAGCGUGCCAAGUAUCAAUUCGAGGCGGACAGUGAGGAUGAGGCUAUGGAGGAUGAGAUCGAGCAGAAUUUGGAUCUUCUGUCCGGUGCUGCAAGUCGCCUGAAUGGACUUGCUCGUGCCACAGGCCGCGAACUUGACGAGCAGAACAGACACCUAGAGCGGAUCAUGGGCAAGAGCGAUUUCGUUGACGAUCAGAUUGCUAUGAACCGGGCCAAGCUGGACCGUAUUCAUUAAGGCUCUGCUCGUCUAUUUUCAUAUUUAGUCGUGCGGAUGCACCCGUAGGCCGCCUGGUGCAGUCGACGUCGGUUGAUGAUUCACAUCUUGAUCUAUAUGUUUUCUGUGCAUAUCAUUUUCUAACAUUUCUCGGCGUUCUCGGCUUUGUGGCCCGUUGGAGCAUCCAUAUUCAGUAUUCGAGCUAGCUGUAUAUUCGCGAGACCGAUCACUCUGAUUAAUAGAACCCAUCAAUCUAAUUACUACCUCGAGGAACGAUUUGUUGAUUCCUUCGUCGGAGCUGUUUGAAUAACGUCCUGUCCUGGGAUGCGAGCCUUGCAUGUUUGAUUGUCUUUCGAAGGUGGUCCGCUACAUCGCGACGCCCCAAGGAUGAGAUGUAUGCCUAACUAUUGUUUUCUAUAGCCAAUACGCAGAUCCAUACACGGCCUCGCACCGGAUGGUC